AUGGAUCUCCCAUGUUUAGAAAUAUUAGACCCCACAAAUCCCGCGUACCAUUUUCUUAUUUUUGCAUACAACCCAUUCCACCACCACAACCCUUCUUCCCUCUCAUCUCGCCCACACCCACAAUUAGAGAGAGAAGACCCCCACCUUCUCUCUCGAGGGUCCGGCACGCCGUGCCGUCCCACUCUUCCAUGCUGCCGAACCUUUUUCAUUAGCUUUCUCUCCUUCAACAUUCGCGGUGCCUCUUCGCUUCCUUUGAAAUAUGUGUGCACCUUUAUUGCAUUUUUUAUUACUCUUUUGUCGCUAUUUGCGUCUCUCAUCUUUGACUGGUCCCUCAUUUUUCUGGAUUUGGGCUUUAUACCAUUAAACACAUUUAUGAUUCUGGGCCCCACUUUAAUGCGGGAAAUACUUUUUUUUAUUUUCCAUUUGAAUUAUUGA